GGCCGGGUGAUUUUGGUUAAAAUAUUCAAAAUGGCGGACGGAGGAGCAGCGAGUCAAGAUGAGAGUUCAACAGCAGAUGCAAGAAUGAACAAUCCGUCAGAAAGCAGUAAAUCAACAGAGAAUAGAGAUGGCAAUGCAGGCACACAGACAAACGGCCUGGACUUUCAGAAGCAAUCACUGCCUGUGGGAGCCGCCAUCUCAUCUGCCCAAGCACAGGCCUUCCUUGGACACCUCCACCAGGCUCAGCUCGCUGGAUCCAGUUUACAGGCUGCUGCACAGUCCUUAAAUGUACAGACUAAAUUUAAAGAAGAGCCUGGGGAGUCUCCGCAAGCAGUCCAGCCAUCCCACCCGCCCUCACUCCAGGCGGCCUUACCCCAGACUCAGCUCAUGGUGGCCGGGGGACAGAUCACUGGGCUGACGUUGACGCCGGCGCAGCAGCAGAUGUUACUACAGCAGGCGCAGGCACAGUUACUGGCGGCGGCGGUGCAGCACUCGGCCAGCCAGCAACACAGCGCCGCCGGGGCCACCAUCUCCGCCUCGGCUGCCACUCCGAUGACACACAUGCCCGUCUCUCAGCCCAUGCAGAUUGCACAGGAUUUACAGCAAUUGCAGCAGCUGCAGCAGCAGAAUCUUAACCUUCAGCAAUUCGUGUUGGUUCAUCCGACCACCAACCUGCCGCCGGCGCAGUUCAUCAUCUCGCAGACGCCGCAGGGGCAACAAGGCCUUCUGCAGGCGCAGAAUCUCUUAACGCAACUACCUCAGCAAAGCCAAGCCAACCUCCUGCAGUCUCAGCCGAGCGUCACCCUCACCUCACAGCCAGCAACCCCCACGCGUACGAUAGCUGCGACCCCCGUGCAGCAACUUCCACAGAGCCAGUCAACACCAAAGCGAAUCGACACUCCGAGUCUGGAGGAGCCGAGCGACCUGGAGCUGCUCGAGCAGUUUGCGAAGACAUUCAAACAAAGACGCAUCAAACUUGGAUUCACUCAGGGUGAUGUGGGGCUUGCUAUGGGCAAACUCUAUGGAAAUGACUUUAGCCAAACGACUAUCUCCCGCUUCGAAGCCUUGAAUCUCAGCUUUAAAAACAUGUGCAAAUUAAAGCCCCUCCUGGAAAAGUGGCUGAAUGAUGCAGAAAACAUCACUUCGGACUCUGCGAUCACCAGCCAAAGCGUCCUGAACUCCCCGGGGCAUGGAAUCGAGGGGCUGAAUCGCAGGAGGAAGAAACGCACCAGCAUAGAGACCAACAUACGAGUGGCCUUAGAGAAGAGUUUCCUGGAGAACCAAAAGCCUACCUCGGAGGAAAUCACCAUGAUUGCCGACCAGCUGAACAUGGAAAAAGAGGUGAUCCGUGUUUGGUUCUGUAACCGACGGCAAAAGGAGAAAAGGAUUAACCCUCCAAGCAGCGGGGCGUCCAGCACCUCGCCCAUUAAAAGCAUGUUCUCCACUCCAACCCCACUGGUCGCCAGUACGCCGAGCCUUGUGACGAGUAGCGCGGCCACCACGUUGACGGUGAACCCAGUGAUCCCUCUCACCAGCGCUGCUGUAACCAACUUUUCUGCCUCCGGCACGACGGGGACCCCUGCGACCAACACAGCGACUGUGAUAUCUACAGUGCCUCCCGUGUCCUCUGUCCUGACUUCGCCGUCUCUGACUCCUUCCCCGUCCGCCUCCGCAGCAACUUCGGAAGCGUCCAGCGCGAGCGAGACCAGCACGACGCACACCACCUCCGCGCCCCUCGCCUCCUCUCUAAAUACCGGCCAGGUGAUGGUGACGGCCGCUGGGAUUCACACGGCAGCCGCUUCGGCGCUACAGGGCAACGCGAGCCUCGCUGCCAUCGCCGCUGCCGCCGGCCUCAACCCCGGGCUGAUGGCACCCUCUCAGUUUGCCGCUGGAGGGGCAUUAUUCAGCCUCGGCCCGGGGACGCUCGGCAGCGCGCUAAGCCCAGCUUUGAUGAGUAACAGUACACUGGCAACCAUACAAGCUCUUGCUUCUAGUGGAUCUCUUCCAAUAACAUCGCUAGAUGCCUCUGGGAACCUGGUUUUUACCAAUGCCGGCGGGACGCCCAACAUUGUGACUGCACCCUUAUUCCUCAAUCCUCAAAACCUCUCACUGCUCACCAGCAACCCUGUUAGCUUGGUCUCUGCAGCCUCCGCGGGGGCCGCCAUGCCCAUCACGAGCCUUCACGCCACCACCUCCUCCAUCGAGUCCGUCCAGAACUCUCUCUUUACCGUGGCCUCUGCCAGCGGAGCCGUUUCCACCACCACGUCGAGUUCCAAGGCGCAGUGAGCGGCACGCGGGCUCCUAGGGGGCCGACCACAGCCACCAUCUAGCGUAGGUAGGCCCUGGGGUCCGGCUGCCUCCCGAGCAAAUGAAAAAGAGGAGAUUCAAUAGAGGAUCCGAAACGAGAACAAAUAACCGAAGAACAUUUUGCCUAAUUUUAUAACAAACAAUCUCUUUUCGGGGGUGACCGCUGAUCAGAGAACUUUCUAACCAAAAAUGUAAAAAAGGAAAAAGACGAAGAAAAAAAAAAAAAUCAAAAAAAUACAAAA